CGUAACAGUCGUGACUGACGCUCGUCGAUCCGGCCGCCAUUACCGCCGUUGUUAAAUUACAUGUUGGCUUAUUCCGUUUUAGUGUGGUGUUGUUGUAGAAUUUAGUGUCGAAAAUGGCAGAAGCCGCUGAAGUGUGCAGCGAAGAAGAAGACAACAGGAUUAUAGGAUUAAAUUAUCUAAAUGAAUGGGGUUUAUCUCCAACCACUAUACAACGUUUCGCGGAUAAUGACAUUGGUUUCACGUUAAUGGAAGAGAUUCAGGACGCUGAAUUAAAGGAAUUAGUGCCAAAUUUAAAAGAAAGGAUUUUAUUCAAGAAAGGGCUCCAAAAAAUACGUGGGAUUAUUCAUGAAACUGCGUCUGAAGAUACAGCUUCAAUAAGCGAUGAGUUGGUUUCACCGAGCUCGCCGUCAAGCACCAUUAGCUCCGGAAUAAGUGAAUGGGGCACAGAGAAAUCUCAUGAACAAAUUGAUUUGAAAGAUAUUCUGAAAACUACAAGUUUUGGCGAACUGUGUCUUGCAUCUCCAGACAAGCCCCUCAAUAAUGCAGCAAGGAACCAAAUAGUUCGAAUCAUUGUAGAAUAUCACAUCAAACGCUACAAAAGAAUGACCAGUCAAGAUUUUGACACAUUGUCCAAUCAAAUAGUAAAGCUGUUUCCUUCGGAAUACAAGGAGACAUAUUACAUCCCCACGAAACUACCUACUCGCUACCGUAAUCAGAUAAGAGUACUAAGGAAAGCUGGAGUAAAACCACUACCCACCAGCAGUGACAACAGUUCCGAUACCAACGAUGAUAACAUUCCAGGUUCCAGUGCUGCUGGUAUUUCACCAGAAGUGGCCGAGGAAUACAAGUUGUGGUUGAAAUUUAACAAAGAACCAUGGACAGACAUUUUGGAUAAGUGGAACCAGACGAGAAAAUACAGACUGGCAUAUAUUGCUGAAGAAAGAUAUACAAUCCUCGAUAUCCUUACAGAAUGGCCUAGCCUUAAAAUGAGCCUAGGAUAUAAAUUGGUUGAAGCAGAUUUUGACGCUAUGCAUCCACAUUGCGAACUUAAUUUGUUUAAAAAAUGGCCAUUAUUUAUGGCAAAAGCAAGACCCAUAUUGAAAAAUCUUAAAUCACCUGAUGUCAAUUUACUGGAUGAAGAACUUGAAGAAGAUGCCAGAGACUACAUUUUCUUCAAAUUAAUGUCGUACAAGAUGCCGCCUACGGUUAAAGUGCCAAUAAAAGAAAAUGGAAAAAAACGAUUUUACAAACCCAGCAUUGUGGAGUCGCAGAAUUCAUUUAUUUUACACGUUACGAACCAGAGUGAAAUUAAAACCAAACUGGAGCAAUACCAGAAAAUGCAUCUAGCCAGAGGAACCACUUUCCAACCGCUGGUGAUUGUUGUCGGACCAACGAGCAGGGACUUGCAACAUUUCUACGUAGCAGUUGAAUCAGUUCUCUACAAGGUAGACCAACUGCUAAAAGCUGUCGAUGUGUGCUUUAAAUUAUUUAAUACUGUAAAUUUGCAGUACCCACUAGAAUGUUUAAGUGUAUGGCAAUUCAUACAACGUUUUUUCUAUGACUUUCAAAACAAAAAUGACAAGAAGAUCUCCUGUGUCUAUUGUUUCAUAUCGGAUCUGAUGUAACUGAGUAGGUAUCUUUCAAAAACUAAAGAAAUUCUUGUGGUUUGGGAUAGUAGUCUAGUGACGAUGUUUAUUUGUUUCAAGUGUUUGUUUGAAACAGCAAACCAUCAAGAUCUUAUUCACCAUUUGAAAUUUAGUCACGAUCUAUAUGAUAACUCGAUUUAUCGAUGUGCACAAUCGAAUUGUUUCAGAGAAUUUCAAUGUUUACGUUCCUUUCGUCGUCAUAUAAUUAGUCAUAAUGUCUCGGACCGGAACAUAUCUUCAGAAUUUAACCCGCCACUUAACUUUAACACUGAGAACGUUAUAGAUAAUACUCCGGAUACGUGUAGCGUUAAUGUAUGCUGUAGUAGUCUGCAACCCACAUCUGAAAGUUUAAUUAAUAAAGAAGAAAGUUUACGGAAGUCUACUGCAGCAUUUGCAUUAUCGUUGUAUAGCAAUCCUUAUUUAAAUCGUAAAUGCGCUAGGAAAAUUAUGGACGACGUUUCAGAACUAGUAACUGGUGUCAUUGGAACUAUAUUGUCUGAAUUCUCACCUAAUGACCAAACAUCGAAUAAAAACAUAGUUGAAGCAAUUUCCCAUUCUUUUGACGGCUUGGAUACUGAAAGCCAAGUCAUUAAAUAUCUUUCUGACCUUAAUAUUUAUGUACCUCCAAAAAAAUUUACAAUUAAUGAAAAUGUAACUGUAAAUACAGGAAAUUCUACGAUAAUGCUAAGACCUAAGUCGGAAACUGGAGCGAUCGUACCUUUAGGAGCAGUUUUAAAAAAAAUAUUCCAACUUCCAAAUUUUCUUAAAUUCAGCACUUCUAGUAUUCCUGACACCCAAUCUAUAUCAAAUUUUAUUCAAGGUAAUAUCUGGAAACAAAAAAUGGUCGGAAAAAUGGAUGAAAAGAGCUUAUACAUUCCAUAUUUUCUCUAUUUUGAUGAUUUCGAAUGCAAUAACCCCCUCGGUAGUCAUGCUGGAAUCCAUUCUAUUGCUGCUACCUAUUACACAUUUCCAACGUUGUCAGCAGAUCAUGCCUCACUAUUAGAAAAUAUAUUUGUUGCAAUGUUACAUAAAUCGUCUAGCAAAAGUCAUGGAAAUGCUGCAAUUUAUUACGAACUUAUAAGGGAGUUGAAGAGUUUAGAACAAGACGGCAUAGAUUUAGAAACCAGUGAAGGUAAUAUUAAAGUAUAUUUUAUACUAGGGAUGAUUAUUGGGGAUAAUUUAGGACUAAACACUGUUCUGGGCUUUGCUAAAUCAUUUUCUAGUAACUAUUAUUGUAGAAUAUGUAAGGCUCAUAAAAAUAUAAUGGGAAAACAAUGUAAGCAAGAUGACGGUUUAAUGCGAAACCAACACAAUUAUAGCACUGAUGUCGAAAUCAACAAUGUUACAAUGACAGGUAUAAGUGAACAGUGUGUAUUUAAUGAUAUUAGCAGUUUUCAUGUUGUUGAUAAUUUAUGUGUUGACAUUAUGCACGAUAUAUUUGAAGGCGUUUGUCAUUAUGAUCUGACUCACAUUAUUCUGUAUUUUACAGAAAGCAUAACAUUGUUCACUUUAGUCAACUUGAAUAAUAGGUUACAAUUAUUUGACUACGGACCUAGUGAGCUAAAUGAUAGAUGUGGAAUAAUAAAACAUGAACAUUUAAUGAAAAGCAAAUUUAAUAUGUCUGCAUCUGAAAUGAUGUUCUUUGUACAUAUAUUUCCUUUGUUGGUGGGAGACUUAAUACCUGAAGAUGACAAAGUAUGGCAAUUCUUUCUUACACUGCUAGAAAUUAUUGACAUUUUACUUUGUAGGGAUAUCGAUAAUUGCACACUAUUGUAUUUAGAAACCUUAAUAAGUGAACAUCACGAAAGUUAUGUCAAACUAUUUCACGACAACUUAAAACCGAAGCACCAUUUUAUGGUACAUUAUCCGCAU